AUGAGAAACAUGUCGGCGGACUAUUCUACGUGUUUAGAUCUCGGCAUACUUCAAGUUAUUCAACGUACAUUAUUGAUACUUAUCUACGCUGUUUUUAUUACAUGGAUAUUGAUGUUAAAUGUUGGUCGAGGUUUUCUGAAAUUUGUUGAAAAAGAUCAUCAAAUUGUUCUAUUAGCCGAUAAAUAUUUAAAAACUUAUAUUCUGCUAUAUCAAUUAAACCUUGGUAUUCAUACACCUGGUAUUUCAAUUGCCAUUAGCUUUUUAACAAUGUCAAUACUAGCGAUUGUUUAUAUUCGAUUUUAUUCUAAUAUUUAUGAACUUACAUGGUGUCCGAUAACAAGAGAGUGUCUAACGGAAUGGCGGAGUUAUAUACGUUUAAAUAUAGCUGGCCUAUUCAUGAUAACGUUAGUUAGUUGGUCAUUAGAAUGUUCAAUACUCUUGGCAGCUACAAUCAGUGAACGAUCAUUAACAGCCCAAACAAUUGCUUAUCAAACAGAAACCCUGUUCUAUUACAUUUCAUAUGCUUUUGGAUUAAGUGCAAAUAUACGUAUAGGACAAUAUAUGGGCGCAAAUGAACCUUCAAAAGCUAAACAAGUUACAAAUUUAUUAUACAUUGUCAUGAUCCUGCCGUUAUUAGUAAAUAUGAUACUUAUACUUUCGCUCUGUAAUUGGAUUCCAUUGUUUUUUAUAUCAAAAACAGAAAAAGAUUCAGCGGCGACGAUAUCAUUUACAAAAAAAUUGUUAAUAGUUGUCGCUUUUAGUCAAAUAAUAGAUGGUUAUCAGGGACUGCAAUUGGAUGGAAUGAUAAAAGCCUGUGGUCAACAACCGAAGGGUGCGAUUAUUGCAACAAUUGGAUUCGUUCUGAUCUGUAUGCCAGUGGCAGUAGUGCUUAUUUAUGGUGCCAAAAUUGAUAUUUAUGGUUAUUGGAUUGGGCUGUUCUGUGCUGAAUGUUUCACAAAUUUAUCACUUUUUAUUAUAAUUCAACGUUUCGACUGGCAAUCAUAUGCAACUCAAAUUACUACUGCUGCUGUUCCGUCAACUGCAUUGAUCUCCUACGGAACAAACACCCGAGUAGAAAUAUCUGUAGAUAAAUCUCUAUUUGAACUUAUUAAAUGGAAACUACUUUGUUUAAGUUUUUUUAUUGUAUUAUUCAUUAUUAGCAUAGUAUUUUCAGCAUUCUCUAGCAUUUAUUAA